GACGGUGUACACUCGUGUCACGUCACAGCACGUAUGACCGAAGACAAGCACGGGCCGAGUCCAAACUGCUAACCUAACACUUUGGAUUAAACAUUCAGCGUACCUGUGGUUACUCAGUUUGAUCUUUUUUUUUUUUUAAAGGGAGCAUUACUCCACUUCCGCUUUCGCUUUGAAAGCGAGGUGUGUCCCUGGAAGCCGCUCGCGCCACACCCCUCGUGCGUUGUUGUUGUUGUUUUCAUUAAGCGUCGCGCGGCUGGCGGCUGUGGUGGCUCGCGCUACAGUAUCGUCCCCUGGUUUGUUGGCUCGCCGCGCGCAUGCAGCAGAAUGGCUCGAGCGGUUCUAACGGUUCGGACGGCUGCAGCAGGGACCGUCAGUCUCUGUCCUUCAGCCCGCUGCCCGCCGCUACUACACGGGUAAGGAGGUUCAUUCAGGAGAGACGGACGCUGCCUCUACCCAGAGUGAUGGUGGUAUUCUCGGCCGCAGGUGACACCGAGAAACCGGGCGAUGCCAUGUCCAGCUCGGACUCUGCGGAGGACGAGUUCCGAAAGCCGGCCUCCCCAGCACCGAACUUCACCCUGAGCAAGCCGCUCCGCUCCGCGCUGAGCACACAGGAGCAGGAGUUUCCAGAGGUCAUCUCUCUGAACGUCGGGGGCACGUACUUCACCACUCGGCUGUCCACGCUGCGACGAUUCGAGGACACCAUGUUGGCCGCCAUGUUCAGCGGGCGUCAUUACAUCCCUCGCGAUGCCGAGGGACGCUACUUCAUCGAUCGAGAUGGGACAUAUUUUGGGGACAUCUUAAACUUCCUCCGUGAAGGUGAGCUUCCUCACAGGGACCGAGUGCGAGCAGUGCACAGAGAGGCUCAGUAUUACUCCAUCGGCCCGCUGCUGGACAGCCUGGAGGACACUCAGCCGCUCACAGGGGAGAAAGUUCGGCAAGCUUUCCUGGAUCUGCUGCCCUACUACAAAGAGAAUCUGGAGCGUAUUGUGGAGAUUGCCAAACUGAGGGCCAUGCAGAAAAAAGCACGAUUUGCCAAGUUGAAGAUCUGCGUCUACAAGGAGGAGAUGCCUAUCACGCCGUACGAGCGCCCUCUCUUUAACUCUCUGCGUUUCGAGCGUUCGGACAGUGAGGCCAAACUCUUUGAGCACCAUUGCGAGGUAGACGUUUCUUUCGGACCUUGGGAGGCGGUGGCAGACGUUUACGACCUGCUACAUUGCAUCGUCAGUGACCUGGCCGAGCGCGGCAUCACCGCCGAGCAGCAGUGCAUCGGCGUCUGUGACAAGCACCUUAUCAAUCAUUACUAUUGCAAGAGGCCCAUCUAUGAGUUUAAGAUCACAUGGUGGUGAAAAGCUGAAGGGACACUAGUCAUGGCUGAGUGGACCAAAAAGCAAAAAGGAUGGAUGUUCCAUUUUUACUACAACUUGGCCGAUAUUGGUUUUUGUACUGAAGUUGCCAAUAUUUUGUGCUGAUGUCUUAAAACGCGACCCUUUAAAUCAUACUCAUGUUUUCCCAACAUGUUUUACUUUCCUUUCAUGUCACACACACAAGCAAACAAAUUAAAUACGGACACGCUGCACAUAAAUCCAGGCCAAUGAAAAACACUACGUUUACUUUAAAGAGUAAUGAAACACCCCUGGAAAAUCCUGACUUUGCUGACCUCCAGUGGUUUCACUUCUCAUCUUGAUGCAGUGCUGGUAGGUGUGGUUACAGGUGCAGCAAAAGACACGUGUGACCACACCCAUCAGUUAUGAAGAAGAGGUGAAACAGGCCUAAAUAUUUCAGCACCUGAGUUACUAUUUGAAAGGUUUAUCAAAGGUCUACUCUCAAAUGACGGCCCAUUUCAGCGAUGUCUGUCAGUUAAGAGACUUCACCGGGUGUCUUCACUUGAUGUGUUAAGGCUAAGUACUGUUUGUGUGAAAUAUAAGAUGUCAGAGCCCGGUAUACCGUCACUGUAGUCCAAGUUGAAGAAAAAACAAAGAUCACAAAAAGAAAAUGAUGUUGUAGCUGUGAUUGCAAAACAGUUUUAACCAAUACAGACGUCUACACAGGACACUUGAAGUGAGAUUAUGUCGCCAAACAGCAGCCACUGUAGCCAUAAAUAACAAAAAAUAGAUAAUGGCAAAUACUUAAAUGUAGUAUAACAAUAGCACAAGUAGAGAAGAGUCGUUAGUGAAUUGGCUAAGUAAUGUCUCUAAGUACUAUGUAUAUAAUGUUAGCUAACAUUAGCCAGUUUAAGAUACUUGUCAAACCUUCCAAACUCGUUGGUAUAUUGAAUUAAACUAUCGUGUAAAUGAGCUUUUAAUUUGUAAUAGACAGGAUGUGGCAUUUCCUGUUUUUAGAGUUACAUUAACCAUGUUUCCAUUAAUGUAUUUUGAGGUAUCACAUCAGAAAAGAUUAAUGGAAAUGGCAGAAUUCGAAAAAAAAAAAAAAAACCUACCUCAAUUUAAAAAAAAAAAAAAAAAGAGCUUGUUUGAUGUGAUUUUUUGCCUUUUUGAAGGCUCUUAAUGGGUUCUGACGUUGUGAACAUUUAACUCAUCACGUUAAUAGAUGAAACAAACAGAAAUGUCAUAUUUACGUCCUGCUUAUCUGCUUUCAUUUUUCAUCAGCUGAGGUUCGACUGGCGCUCUUUUAAUUAUGGCACCAUGUUGCACCCUCCUCUUCUGGUUUGGUACCACCUACUGCAUAACUCCUAAUAUUCAAAAUACGGUAAAAAAUUUUAAUACAUUUGGAUGGAAACGGCUAUAGUCGUGCUUUAAGGCAAAUAACCUCAACACAAAGUGUCUUUUUAGGCCUCAAAUCUGUUCUCUUCCAACUUGAAUGUGAAACUACAGUGACUGAAAGCAAAAAAAACAAAAACAAAGUGUGUGAUGAUGUGUGUCAGAAGUGGGUGACAUUACCAAAUUAUCAUUUAAAAGCCAAGUCUGUCAUUGUUUUGUUAUAUUUUAAAUGUAUGAUGUAUUAUUUAUUUUAUUAUUUACUACAUUGACUGAUUUAUCAGUGCAACUGUAGCUUUUCCCUGAUCUGGAUUGAUAUGUCACAUCACAUUUCCAGAAAUCACAUUUAAAGAAAUGAUCUUGUAGUAAAUAUUGAAUAUUGUAAGUAAGCAAGCUAAAGUCAUAUCUGUAUUUUUUAGGACUAAGUUUUGUUUCAGGAUGUAGAAUAACUGUGUGCCUGUUCCUUUUGGAUAACAGAGUAUAUUUUAAUUAUGCAACCUCCUGAGGAGUGUGUUUUUAAAGAUUUGAAAGAGUUUGGGUGGUAUUCGUUUAGUCAGUUUACAUUUUAUUUGGUUACUUUAUGUCAGGAGAUCACUCAGUUGUAGGUCACUGAAAGUAGCCAAAUUUGUUGCACACUAAUGCAAAUUUGCAGAUUUGACAGAGAGAAUCUUCUAUUGAAUCAAACAACUUCAAUAAAUAUUCUAUUUAACUUCCAUUUAACAUCAUGAACUUCACUUAAGCUUCAAUAUAGAAAGUCAGAGCUAAGCUACAUGUUAACUCCUACUGUACUUGAUAAAGUUUGAGCACCUUGUGAUUGUAACCAAUAUAUAUUUUUUUUUACCUCAAGUGAAAGUAUGUGACAAAGUCCAUAGUUAUAAAGGAUAGAAAGCAGCAGCGCCGACAUCAGCUCAUUUAUCUUCACUAAGAAAGAUGACAUGCUUAUUUUGUUGUUGUACUUUUGACAGAUAAUGCAGGAGAGAGGCUACGUUCUUCCUUUGGAGCAUACAUUUUUUUGAUUUACACUGUUAUGUUUGCAAUGUUUUGAAUGUUUUUAUAUCGUUAUCUAUUUCUGUUAGCUUCUAGGAAGCUCUAGUUCUAUAUUUGGGUUUGUUUGUAGUGAAAAAGAGACGUGUCAUUUGUAUUAUUUAUGGUAAAAUUAAAAACAACUGUUAAAUGC